AUGGCCUCUCUACUGUCCUCAAACUUCACCACACACUUGUGCAGUGUGGAAGUCUGCGAUAUUAGCUACAACAUUCGGGUUCUUAAAAUGAACAAUUCUGUGUUCAUCUACAUUGGUGAGAAUAAUGCAGAAAAUUUCGACGAAUUAGCUAUGGCGAUGCCUUCUCCGAGGAAUGAAAUCUUAACCACGUCCAUCAUGGGCUCACUGGUGGGCUGUGGGUCGGAGGAACUUGCUCAAAAACUAGCCAGGAAACUGAGCAAACAGGUAUACCUCAGUGUAAACGUGCCGAAUGAUCGAAUAGUCCGACCGACUAUCGAGAAAAAACUGUUUGAAGAGAUUACCAACAAUGUGGAAUGCUUCUGA